AUGGCGGACGAGAAACCGCAUGCUACAGAGACAGCCAUCACCCUUCCCGCGGGCGAUGUCGAAACCCAAGGCUUCGAUGCAUCCGCUACGAAGAAACUGCUCCGAAAACUCGACUGGCACAUUAUCCCCUUCAUGUCGCUAAUCUACCUUUUAUGUUUCCUCGACCGCACCAACAUCGGAAACGCGCGCCUCGACCACCUCGAAUCCGACCUGCACCUGUCCGGUAUCCAAUACAACGACUGCCUCGCCAUCCUCUUCCCCUUCUACAUCGCCGCAGAGAUCCCUUCCAACAUGAUGAUGAAGCGCACGCGCCCGAGUAUCUGGCUCACGUUUAUCAUGUUCUUUUGGUCGCUGGCGAUGGUUUGUCAGGGCUUCGUGAAGAAUUACCAGGGGUUGAUGGCGACCAGGGUGUUUUUGGGCGUGUUUGAGGGGGGUUUGUUUCCGGGAGUGAAUUAUUAUAUUACGCAGUGGUAUGUGCGGAAUGAGUGUGGGUUCCGCAUGGCGCUAUUCUUCUCAGCAGCGACGCUUGCGGGGGCUUUUGGGGGCAUUCUAGCAAGAGGUAUUGCGGAGAUGAAUGGGGUUGGGGGGAGGUCUGCUUGGUCGUGGAUUUUCAUUCUAGAGGGGAUCUUGAGUGUGCUUGUGUCGAUGGUUGCGUAUUGGUGCAUUUACGAUUAUCCGGCUACAGCACGCUUCCUCACGACCCCGGAACGCACCGAAGUCCAACGCCGCCUCCUCGCCGACCAAGGCCACCUCUCCAACGACUUUGACAUGAAGUAUGUCUGGCAAGCGCUAACCGACUGGAAGAUCUAUAUUUUCAUGCUAAUCUGCAUGGCUGGCUUCUGCCCCAUCUACUCCUUCGCGCUGUUCCUCCCAACGAUCAUCAAGAACAUGGGCUACACCGCCAACGACGCCCAACUAAUGUCCGUCCCUCCCUACAUCUUCGCCUGCAUAUUCACCAUCGCCGCAUCUUGGUAUGCCGAUCGUAUCCGCCAGCGCGGCAUCUUCCUGCUCGGUUUCCAGCUCAUCGCCAUCGCGGGCUUCAGCAUAUUGAUCGCCACGCCCAAACCCUCAGUACAAUAUGCCGGCACAGUGUUAGCAGCUAUUGGCAUCUACCCGCAAAUCCCCUUGGGCAUGGCGUGGAAUAGCGGGAACAUUGGAGGCAGUCUGAAGCGUGGCACGGGCAUUGCGAUGCAGGUCAUGGGCGGAAAUUGUGGGGGGAUUAUUGCGAGUUAUGUUUAUUUGAGUAGGGAUGGGCCGCGCUUUAGGGUUGGGCAUGGGAUUUUGAUUGGGGUUGUUAGGUGA